AUGUCGUCGUCUUUGCAAUCAGCACGUGGAGGCUCUGCUAAACUCAACACGGGCUUCUAUAUCCCACUAGUUGGUCUCGGAACUUACAAAGUCACAGCAGAUGCGGUGAGUGCACUACAAAACCGGUAUUAUGUCAACGAAACCGAACUUCAGGUAAAACCUACUGUAGAUGCGGCAUUGAGCAAUGGUUACCGCUUGUUUGAUUCCGCGAAGCUCUACAAUAAUGAGCCCGAGUUGGGAACUGCUCUAGCGGUAAAACCUACUGUAGAUGCAGCAUUGAGCAAUGGUUACCGCUUGUUUGAUUCCGCGAAGCUCUACAAUAAUGAGCCCGAGUUGGGAACUGCUCUAGCGGUAAUGCCUACAAAGCAAUCACACCUGUUCAUUCCUUUCGGUAAAGAAUCAGCGAUUCAGGAAUUGCUUCCAAAGCACGGUCUUUCACGCUCUGAUGUCUUUAUCACUACAAAGAUAUACCCUGAAAAAGAUGAUACGUCGACUGCCGUUAGACUGCUUAUUAAGGAAUCACUUGAGAACUUCAAAACAGAUUACAUCGAUAUGGUUCUUAUUCACUACCCUAAAGCUAUAUCUUCCGAGGAGAAAGACGAAAAGAAUCCGCUUCAUCGAAAGCUCACAUAUAUGGAGCUUGAGAAAUUGAAAGGUGAAGGCAAAAUAAGAUCUGUUGGUGUUUCAAAUUAUGAAGUUCGGCAUCUAGAAGAAAUCAAAAAUUAUGGAAAGGUAGCGGCCACAUACAUAUUUUUGGAAGUGCUUGUUGUGAAGAAUUCAUGGGGUGAAGCUUAUGAUUCCGUUGUCCAAAUAACUGCAAAUUUAUGCCAGAUGAUGCCGUGCGUUAAUCAGGUGGAGUACCAUCCCCAUUUCACAAGGAACGAACUGAAGGAGUACUGUAAGAAGGAGGGUAUCUUCUUCCAGGCAUUCGCUUCACUAGCUCGACAAGCACCGGCACUUGUUAAUGAUGAGGUGGUGGUGAAUUUAGCGAAAACUCGAAAAACCACAGUUUCGGUACUUUUUCAAUUACUAAAACUUUCGUAA